CAAGCUGGAGUUGUAAUUUAGGUUUAAAUAAAUUUAGGGAUAAGUGAAUAACCGGAGAGGCCUAUCGGAAAAUAACACUCUGAAAGUCAAUAAUGAAGAGCAUACUCUUCAAAUGUGUCAUAUUUGCUGCAUUUUAUACACAAGGUUGUACAAUAACGUGUUAUGAUUGUGUCGAUUGUGCUUUUGUAAAUAACUCAACCACAGUUGCAUCGUCAGAAGAUGAUCCUUCGAUACCCGACAAACGACUAGUUGAUGCUUGUUUCACUUUCAAUGGUCGAGUCAGUGGAGUAAGAACUAUCAUACGAGGAUAUGGAUGGUCAUUAGGAGAAUUCUGUAUAGAACAAAACCAACAAGGAGCAGUUGGAGAAUUUUGCUAUUGCUAUAAAGAUUUCUGCAAUGAAGCGUCCAAGCUGAGUUAUCAUAUUGAAGCAAUGAUUCUUACUUCUGCAGUUAUAUGGAAAAUAGUUGCCUAAAAAAAGAGUGCUGUUCUU